GGUAGACACGCAAGCGGCAAGCUGCCUCAGCUGCGCGGGUAAGGCCUGUGUGACGUCGGUGAUGCGCGGUCACAUUGGAGUGACUUUAGUCACGGUGAUCGACGGUCUAAAUUGGAUAUAUGCGCCAUUGCGCCACGCUCAGAACGCGCCUCAAUCCUUUUGACCACCAUCUCCUCCCGUUUAUCCCUCACGUCCGCUCUGCAAAAUGACGAAACAGUAUCUCAUGAAUAGUCUCAUAGACAAGAUGCAAUCGCCAGACCAGGACCACAGGUUCAUGGGUCUGCAGGAUCUCAUGUCGGAGAUCAGGCAGGAUUCUGCUAAUUUCCUUGGCGACGAGGCGACGGAGUACAAGGUCUUGCAGCACGUUCUCAAGCUCGUCGAGGAUAAGAUCUCCGAGGUCAAGAACCAGGCUGUGAAAUGCCUGGGUGUGCUCAUCAAGAUCGUGCGCGAAAGCCAUAUGGAAUACAUUAUCGAAAAGUUAAUCGACUUUUCGGGCAGUAAGGAUGAGGAACUACGGGACAUCGCGGGCCUCGCCCUUAAGACGAUUACCGCCGAACUCCCUCAGGAUAGUAGCCUUGCCCCGAAGGCCUGUGCCAAGUUGACACCACGGCUUCUUAUCCAAGUUCAGAAUCCUUCCACUCCUCCAGAAACGCUCAUUGAAAUUCUAUCAAUCCUUUCCAUUCUUAUUACUCGAUUUCCGGCACAACUCUCAAGUCCCGAUCUCUCGCCACAGCCUGUGCCAGCGAUUACCCCUUUACUCGGACAUGCGCGUCCCGCUGUUCGCAAGCGCGCAAUUCUGACUCUUGCGCAGUUCCUACCUUCGGCGCAGCAAGCACUUUUUGAUGACCUCAUUAAUAGCACUAUACUUCCCGGAUUACGGAACGAAAGUAACUCAGAUGCAGCGAUUGAACAACAACGAACAAAUGUGCAGUUGGUUGCCGCAAUUGCGCGCCAUUCUCCCGGUCGUAUUGCGGUCAUUAUAGAUUCGGUUGUUCCUGCUGUCCUCAAGGCGGCGGCGCGUGAGGAUGAUGAGCUUCGAGAAUAUGCGCUUCAGACACUUGAAGUCUUCGUGCUCCGCUGUCCGACCGAGAUCACUCCUUUCCUUGGUCAGAUCGUACAAUCAGGAACGAAACUCAUCAAGUAUGAUCCCAACUAUGCUGGUGGAGACGAUGAAGAGGAUGCGGAAAUGGCAGACGCUGACGAGGACGAGGAAGACGAAGAUGAUGACUUGGACUAUUCUGAUUAUGAAGAUACAUCCUAUAAAAUCAGGCGUUCCGCAACAAAGCUUCUUGCGGGGCUGAUUGAAACACGACCAGAAAUGCUUACGUCACUCUAUAAAGACGUAUCCCCUGUGUUAAUACAGCGAUUCGGAGAUCGCGAACAGACAGUGCGUUUGGAAGUCUGGGCAACGUACGGUUCACUUCUUGCACAGACAAAGGUUUAUGGUGGCAUACCACAGUCACCAACCUUUGUGGACUCGCCUGGGGUUGGUGGGAAACGUAAGCGUUCACCAAGCGGUGCGGAUGGAAUGGAUAUUGAGGCGCCUGAGUCCCCAGCUUUACUCCUUAGGUCACAAGUGCCGUCCCUCUCCAAGGCCUUACUCGGCCAACUGAGAAGCACGAAGACUCCACCAGCUGUUUUGCAGGCAGCAUUCACGCUUCUUAAGCAGCUAAUUGACGUUCUUCCUGGUAGUCUUGCAGCUCACUCGUUACCCAUCGCUUCGGCGGCCCAAGCAGUCCUAAAGCAGAGCCCAACGACAUCUAGCAUCGUAUUACAUACAACCUGCCUUUCAUUCCUUACUGCGUUCUUCUCUUCUCAUUCGCCAUCGGCACUUUCGAAUACUCCAGAUCUCACAACUCCAUUACUUAAAGAACUUCAGGAGCGGCACCCUCGUCUUGUUGCGGAGACUUUCCGGACCUUCUCAGCGCUCCUUAAUAUGCUGCGACCUAUUCAAGGCACAAGUCAACAAUGGGUUGAAGCCGUAUAUGAUUCUGCAGUGAAACGUCUGCGAAGUGCAGACACGGAUGCCGAGGUCCGAGCACGUGCAGAAAUAUGCAUGGGCGAUUUGUGGGUCUGUGCGACCGACGUUGUACGCACGAAAGAUGGCCGAGAAUGGGAUGCGAUGUGCCGUACGACUGGUCGUACAGAAGGCGCUGUGCAGGUGGUUAUGCGCGUCGCGAAUGAGGUUGAUGUUGGUGAUGCCUGGGUCAAUGGAUCAAUCGAAUGGGUGCUUGGCGUUUUAAGAAGAGCUGGUAAGGCAGGCAAAUCCGACGCGUUUACUUGUCUGGAGGUAUUGCUUAAGAGGUUCGUGAACGGAAUUCCAGCACAUCUUGUUACAGUUGUUGUUGAACAAAUGAAGCCCUACAUCUCUACGAACGAUAUCGCUCUCCUCUCUCAUGCACUAUCCAUUCUUGCUCUUCUCCUGAGACUCGCGCCAAAUGAAACAUACCCAGCUGUCGAAGCUGAAUACCUCAAAGAUAUCUAUACUAUUGCACAUUCGUCCCUGUUGUCUGGAGUGUCGCUGGAUGCACUGCUCCUCUUCCUUGCCAAUCUCGUGGAAGCCGAUACCGAGAUUGCGACUCAUGUCAUUCCGAGCCUUACUAUUCCUUUACAAAAAGAAAAGAAGGGUGAUGCAUCAUAUUCAAACAUUGCAAAAUGCAUCGGUAUUAUCGUGCGCUGUCACCCUUCCUUGGCUGCUGGGACGAUUGCAGAAUUCUCGAAGGCAUUGAAGAAGGGUCCGAAGGCCAGUAGCACUCAAAUUGUGCUUGACCUGUUUGUCCUUGGUGAGGUCGGACGAACUAUCGACUUUGCCCAAAUGAAAGACUUGUUCAAUAUUGCCAUCGACCUUCUCGGCUCGACAGACGAAGAGAUUAGAAGCGCUGCAUCGUUUGCGACGGGAAACAUUGCCAUUGGCAACCUACAUCUGUUCUUACCUGCGAUUGUCAAGCUGGUCCAGACGAAUAAGGAUAAGCGACUACUUGCCUUACAUGCUCUCAAAGAGGUUGUCAGUAAUUGCCCGUCAGGUCAGCUGGAGAGCGUGGCAGAGACGAUUUGGGUUCCGUUGUUCCAGGACUCUGCUAGCUCGGAGGAGUCUACGAGGAAUGUCGCAGCAGCAUGCCUCGGAAAGUUGACGACGACAAAUCCAUCAAGAUACUUGCCUCAGCUCCAGGACCGUAUCCACGACGAAAAUGUAGCCGCGCGAGCAACUGUCAUUGCAGCCAUUCGCUACACAUUUGCAGACUCGCAGCAUUCCUACGAUGAGCUCCUUUCAGGGCUCAUUCCAGACUUCUUGGCUGCUAUGGUGGAUGAAAACCUCACCGUGAGACGACUCGCAAUAUCUGCCCUUAACUCUGCAGCGAGGCAUAAACCACGAAUAAUCCGCGAUCAUCUCAAUACGCUUCUUCCCAAUCUUUAUAAAGAGACGUAUGUGAAGCCAGAACUCAUUCGAACAGUUCAGAUGGGACCGUGGACACACAAGGUUGAUGAUGGCCUCGAGGCACGGAAGACUGCCUACGAGACGAUGUAUACUCUUCUUGAUUCAUGUCUCUCAAAACUCGAUCUGCACGAAUUCCUCGGCCGCGUCGUAGCGGGUCUAUCCGACGACGCAGACGAGAUCAAAGUUCUCGCUCAUAUGAUGCUCUUCCGCCUUUCAAGCGUCGCACCUACCGCAAUCGCAUUACGACUAGACGAAAUAACACCUCCGCUCGAAAAGACAAUGAAAGGCCCAGCAGUUACGAAAGAUACUGUCAAGCAGGACUUAGAGCGCGCAAUGGAGCUUCAGCGGAGUACGCUUCGUGCUGCUGCUGCGUUGCAUAAGAACACGCCUAGUGGUGCGUCGGCGAGGUUUGAUGCGUUUGUUGAGGAGAUUCAGAAGGGCCAAUUUGGUGGGGAGUUUAAGGAGUUGUCGAGUGGACAUUGAUUGGAUUGACGGGACAUUCGUGCGCUUGUAUGGACGAUUGUCAGGCGCAGUGUAAUGUCUACGUACUCAAAAGCUUGUCAUCACUAUAUCCCUGUAGUACAACUCAUUUUCAUUCUUGAUCUUGAUAGCAUCAUAACAAUCGAAUCCCCUCAUUGACAAUUACAAGCAGUAUAACAUACAAUUUUCCAAACUGUUUAAGUACCUUUUCCCCUAAUAAGCAGCCCUGCUCAAGAC